AUGUCGUUGGUCGACUCCAAUUCCGCCACCCACCCCCAUCCCGACUGGGUCUCCAUGGACAUUGAAAAGCUAGGCCAGUCGUUUUACACCAGUGACGGCCAGCCAUUGAACGAGCACAUCCGUGGGUUGAAGGAAAAGGCCUUGGACGACGCCUUGAAGAGGCGCGAGCUGCUGAAGCCAUCGCUGGAGGAAACACAAGAGGGCCAACCAUACCUGCGAACAACGGAUGGAUUGGUGAACUCUAGGCUCCGAGCCCAGAUCUGGCCCAUUCUCUUGGGCAUCGAGAGGGAGUUUGCCUCCAAGCCCUCGAAGUUGAGCUCGGCAUCCGCUUCGCUAUUCCUCGACGACCUCAACUCCACAGACUUGCCUCCCCACAAGGACGAGGACCAGGUCAAGCUCGACAUCCAGCGUUCGUUUACGGUGUUGACCCACAUCCAGUCAUUGAGCCACCUCCAGACCGACUCCUACACCACCAUCUUUUCCCGGUCCGAUAUCGAUGAGUUGAAAAAGAAACUCCAGCACUUAAUCAUCAAGAUAUUGAGGAAGUAUCCCGCCCUCAACUACUACCAGGGCUAUCAUGACGUGGCCAGCAUCAUUCUAUUGGUGUGCCACACUCCCCAUGGCUUGGGAGACCUCAAUUCAUCCGAAAUAGCCAUCAAUGAAGCGUUGGCUUUCAAAAUGUUGGACAAGUUGACAGUGUGCCAUCUUCGCGACUUCAUGAUCACUGACAUCAACUUAUCGAUCAACCACUUGAGACUCAUCCCUACCCUCCUUGAGGCCAUCGACCACGAUCUCUUCAAGUUGAUCAAGCACUCGAGCAACUCAUACGUGCUUACAGACGGAUUGGGGUACGAUUACUCGUUCUACCAAGGGCUUUCGUCCAUCCUCACGUUCUUCAGCCACGACAUCUCCAAUCUUCAACACAUACUCAUCAUAUGGGAUUUUAUUUUGAGCUACAAUUCGGUGUUGGUAUCGGAAUAUAUUUAUGCGUCAACGUUGAUAUUCUUCAAGGAUGACAUAUUGAGAAAGCUUGGAUUGACAGACCCAUCCUUGGAAGAUCUGGAUUUUGACUCUGUCGAUAAAGACUUGGUGCACACGCUAGUUUCGCCUGCAAGUUUGUUUGACGGUUUAACUGACCAGGAUUUGAUCAAAAUCUUGAACAAGGCCAACGUCCUUAUCGAUAACUUCCCUAUCCAUCAACUAGAAAAUACACCUUCCACGUUUGAUUUGUGGUUCAACUCCUUCAACAAGCACUCGGUCUUGCUCAACACAUCUAGUUUAUACCCUGAUAGAAGCCUCAAGAACGAUAUUUUACUGGCAAAUAACGAGAUCAACUCUUUGCAUGAUCUCAUGCAAACUCAGGAUGAGGAGAUGGCCCAACAAACCAUUUAUGAUCUUCAGAUACAGAGGAAAAUCGCAGAACAGCAGGAGGAAUUGGAAAGCUCCAUGCAUACUACCAAUACUGAGUUUGAUGAUCUGUUGAAUUCUUCCUCGUUGAGCUUGAUGUCGUCGUACUCCUCUCUCAAUACCAAGAUCGCAAACACUUCCUCGUUGCUUUUCAAGAGGAUCUUCCAGUCACCCUCACCAGAGCUUCCAAACAACAAGAAGUCGUCAGACAUUCAGUACUUUAACAAUAUUUAUAAGAUCAGUUUCACAGUGGGGUUUGUUGGUUUCUUGCUUCAUUUUCUAUUGUCAAGGAGCCAUAGUGGCUACAGUCAAGGAGUCUCCCGAAUCUUUAGUCCUUCGAUCGAUAUUCUCAAAAGAUUUGCCGAUUCUCUCGUCACCAAUGAUUCUGUGAGAUCGUGGACGCGAGAAUUGAGUGGUCUUGGGCAGGGGCUUGCUUCCGAGGCCGGCCUGGUGUUCAAAGAGGCCGGUAGGCUUGUGGCCGAGCCCGUGAAUAAUGGUCUUUAUGUGGGCCAGAUUGGCCUAGGAAACUUGAGAAGCUCCAUAUUCUCGAUGAUGGGUUAA